AAAAACAGCCCAUGCAGGAGGCUUCAGUCUAGGGGGCUCUUUGGAACCAGCGCCUUCUCCACCGGGGGAGUGCGGGGAAUGAGGCAUCUCAUUUAGGCUCCAGGACCUGGAGGGGGUUCCACCAGCGCAAAGAGGAUUCUCUGCAGCCAGGGGCGGGGGUGAGGGGUAGGAGUAAGGAGAGCCAGCGCUCGCGGCUUGUUGCCUGGCGACGGAGCGCGCGUCCUUUCCGCAUUGAACAGGUUGAUCCCACCCGGCCCCUGCGCCCUACCAGGGGCAGUUGCAAAUCCCGCCCGCCCCAUAGGGUGAAUGUUUGACACAUGAAUGAGAACACGGACGUCCUCGGAGACAGGUCAAAUUUGUCAAGAUGUCCACCUUCAAAAAGCACUUUGGACUGAAAUCCAGAGAAGAAUCCCUCCUGUUUAAAGAGCUGGAGAAGGUUCGCCAGGAGGCUAAAAAGGACUUUCUCAAAUUCAAGCAGAAGUUGGCGUCUAACCUGACUUCAAAUGAAGGACUAGACCACCACCCCCGUCCGGCCCGCCCUGGGGAGAAGAGGAGCGAAGGUUCCUUCACGCCUCGCAGAACCCUUUCCAAAGGGUCCCCUCCCGCCAAAGUCCCUGCGACCGCUGCUGGGGUCUUCCUGCAGGAGGCGCUCCAAGGGCUAGCGCGCCCCUCGAGCCCGAGCGAGGCUUUCGCUGUGCGAAAGACCAGACCAUUUCGUCCCCAGGAGUUUUACUUGCGGAGCUCCGCGUUCCUGCGGUACAGGAUCCAGAAGAUACCGCCGAUCAUCACUCCGGAGGUGGGCACAUCUAAACCUGUGGUCCUGCGGCCGCUGCCCACGUCCCUGGGCAAGUCAGGAGCGCGCCUGAGUCCCGGGAGCCCGCGGGCCGCAGCGGCCAGGCAGGUCGUCGACGCGGCAGAGGAGCAAGAAGCAAACCAGGAGAUAACUCCGUUCUCAGAGGCCCAGGGGGCCAAAGACAGGAAGACCAGCUCCAUUUCCAGCGAGGACAGCGACUGGGAGGCGGGAUGGUGGCGGAGGAGAGUAAAGAUUCGCGCUCACUUCAUGAGCCAGGGCUCAGUCCCCAGGGGGUCGGAGGCAGACGAGUCCAUUUCCAAAGCAGUGUGGGAGAGUGGCCUGCUUAGGGAUGUGCACGAGGUCGCCCAGCCUGAGCUGCUGCCCACCAGAGUGAUCCCCAGAACCAUCGAGGAGGUCAUCACCUCGCUGCAGUCGGAGGCCCAGCUGGCCUCUGACCAGAUCAUCAGAGAGCUCAUACAGAGCAUCCUGGGCCAGAACUACGACAUAAAAAUAGAAGAUAUUUCUAUAAUGGGAAAACUGGGCCCCAAAACCACUGAGCUGGAAGCAGAAGCACCUCGGACGGAAGAAGAAACACCUCAGAUGGAGGCAGAAUCAUCUCAGAUGGAGACAGAACAAGAGUUACACAUCGGUGUUGAGGAACCUCAAGUGCCAAUGUUUGAGGAGCCCUUGCAAGAUGUGUCAAGUAUUUUCCAGAUUGAACAGGAAGCUAUACCAGAAUGGGAAGGCUCAGAAACGGGAAGCAUGUUAUUUGGAGCACAGGAUAUGUCACGAAUACAGAAAGCAGAGCCAUCAAGUAAACCUCUGCAAGGUAGACAGCCUCCAGGAAAAUCAAAAGUCCGCAAGCAGUUGAAAUCAGGACAACUCUUGCAAAUCAGAGGAAAAGAAGUUAAGAGAAAACCAAAAAGUAAACCAAGAAUUCCAGCAUGGAGAUUAACAAAGUCUUUAAAAUACCGUCGUGAUAAAAACCUACCUAAAAAAAUUCUACAAGCCCCUUCCAUUCCUCACAUGCAUGAUCUGUGCACCACCAUCCCAGGCCGACAGCUGCCCAUUGACUUGCACCUGGCCUCCCGCGUGUACCACACUGUCAGCAAGAAGGGCCACCGUACCCUAGUUGAAUUUUUUGGAUCAUGUUUCUUAGAUGAUCACUUUCUAGACACAGAAAAAGAUAAAAUACUGUGUGGAAUUCCUGUUAAGAGAGAAAACGAAGACUAUGCCUGUGUCCCUCUGGUGCCACCAGAGACACCUUCUGAAUUGGCACAAGGAACUAUGCAAUAUGUUCACAACCUGCAACUCUCAGGAGAGGAGACAUCUGCUUAUCCAGAAAUUACAAAGAUGUUUUGGAAUCCCACUGCACCCAAAUUCUCUGUUCCAGAAUGUGUCAUGAGGGACAUUGUGUAUCCAAAAUAUGAGAGUGUUCAAAGAAGCAGAAUUUUAACUGAGAAAAUUUUGUCUGAAAGCAAGGAAAGAAUCAGUCUAAGUGGUUACAGAAGAAUGAGCUUUAAGGUUUUCUUACUAAAAAAAUCUGCAUCAUUUGAAAAUAUUAAAACAUGUUUCAGUACACAGUCUACACAAUUGAAGAGAGCAAAAUCUGCAGUUGAAUUGAGAAAGGAGUUCACCACCAAAUCAUUAGAACUAAAGGAUGAUAUUCAAAGCAACCUGGGACUGUUGAUGUACCAGAAAAGAAGGGCGUUGGAGCUCCAGUUUGCUGAGCAAAAGAAGGCCCAGGCCCCUUUCAUCAGAGCACAUAUUACUGAGCUCCUAGAGAGCAUUCCGGAUAACGACACUUUUGAAGACAUCUCUCUGUCUCUCAUCGAAGCAUCGAAAAAAGCUGGCAUUACUUACAUUGUUUUUCCCAAGAGAAAGAUGAUGAAAUGGAAGAAAAGUAUGAAAUCGAAUAAACUUACUACUAUGUAUAAAGAGUUAUCCAAGCCUCCAAAACCAAUUCAAAGAUCAUUAUCUCAUGGAAUACUUCCUGGAGAAAGGAAAUGUUUUCUCAAAGUUCCAUUAUAUGAACGUCAAGUACGGUGUCCCAGCUUACCUUUGAAGUUAGAUUUUGAUAAAUUUGUGGAAAGUAGGGGAGGAAUACCAAGGAAUACUAAUCCUCGGAUGUGGGCUGCUGAAAUAUUCAUUAAAGAUAAGAUUCCGAAAGUACCCCCACCAGUAGUGAAAACUUCUGUUGUAAAGGAGAUUUCUGAAAAAGUUGAAGAACCACCAAAACUAGAAUUAAGUGAUUUUUUGGGGUGUGAUCUUCCACCAGAAGUCAUUGAGCAUUAUAAAUCUGAAGUGAAAACCUUGACUCAACAAAUAAAUAAUAAGAUACUUCCUGAAGUUGCAUAUUGCAGGCGUGGAGCUAUUUAUAGGCACCUGGGAAAGUUACAGAGUGCCAUGAAUGAUUUACAGGAAGCUAUAAUUUUGGAGCCAAUGCUUCUCAAUGCCUACUGGCACCGACAUUUCAUUUAUCUUUUCCAAGACAGAAUUAAUGAUGCUUUGGAUGACUUGAAUUAUAUAAGUAAAUAUAAUAAAAAUAAUGCAGAGGCAUAUUUGUCAAAGGCAGAAAUUUUCAAGAACAAAGAAAACACUGCUUCGGCAAUUCUAAAUUAUACCCUGGCAAUUAAGUGCAGGCCCACAGAAGCUGAUAGCUAUUUCAGGAGGGGUGAGAUGCAUGAAAAAGCAAACAGAGUACUGGCUAUUGAUGACUAUUCUAAAUGUAUUUUUUAUGAUCCCCAAAGAGUAGAUGCAUUAUUGAAACGUGGGAUGUUUUUCUAUGAAAAUGAAAAUUGGACUUCAGCCAUACAGGAUUUUACAGCUUUGUUAAAUAUAGAACCCCAAAAUUUGCAAGCAAGGAUACAUCGAGCAAGAGCAUAUUUUAAAAGGAGUUUUUAUAAACAAGCAAUUCAGGACUUUUCUAUUGCUAUUCACUUAGAUCCUAAUAACUGGUUGUCAUUCUAUUAUCGAGCUUGCUUAUUUAGAAAGACUAACCCUCGUAAAGCACUACAGGAUUAUAGCAUUUCAGUUCUCCUAAAUGACGGCUAUGAGAAUUUUAGUUGUUUUCUACAUCGGGGCAUAGUCUAUGUAAAUCUAAAACUUUGGUGGCUGGCAAUUUGUGACUUUGAAGCUGUUAUUUCUCUAGAAAGAACUGUUACUUUGGCUUACAUAAACAUUGGCCUCAUAUAUCUGCUACACCUGGAAAACUACAAUGAAGCUAUUUGUUGGUUUUCUGAGGCUAUUAAAAUUGAUCCUUCGUGUAUUCAAAGCUAUAUUUGUAGAGCAGAAGCCUAUUAUAAGCUGCAUAAAUUGAAAAGGGCAGUCAAGGAGUUAUCUCGUGCCAUUCACUUUCAGCCAGAUGGAGUCCAAUUGUAUAUAAUAAGAGGACAAUAUCUUCUUAUGAUGAAGUGUUAUGAUCUGGCAAAGUUCACUAUUUAUCAAGUAGCAGAAAUGAACCGUGGUCUCAUUGAGUUGAACCCAAUACAACAAGCAAUCAUUUAUUCAUUUUGUGAAAACCAUGAGAAGGCUAUUCAGGUCUUGGAGGAGAGCUUGUGGAGUAAGCCAGAAGUAAUCAUGUUUAUCAUAGCAAAAACACUAAUGAAGGCCAAGAAAUUCAAGGAAGCUCUGAGAAUGUUUAAGAAGGCAAUGGAAAUCUGUUCUUGUUCUCUCAAAGGACAAAAUGCUGCAGCUUUUUCAUCAGAGUGCCUGUAUAACUUGGGUCUUUGUUACAUAGAAGAAAACAACUUCCAAAUGGCUUUUGAUUCUUUUACAAAAGCUGUGAAAGCAAAUCCUGAUUUUGCAGAAGCUUUUUAUCAACGAGGGUUUUGUAAAGUAAAACUCCACAAGGAAAGCUCAGUUCUGGACUUCAAUCGUGCAAUUACGAUCAAUCCGAAACACUACCAGGCAUACUUAGGCCGAGUAGCCUACUAUGGUUUAAAAGGCAGAUUCUCCAAAGCAAUUUUGAACUGUAAUGAGGCAAUCAGUAUUUAUCCUGAGAGUGUGCGUGCCUAUGUCUGCAGAGGAGCUCUGAAAUACUACAGUGGGAAUUACAGGCUAGCUAUUGAAGAUUUAACUACAGCUAUCAACAUGGACAGAAAGUGUUAUGUAGCAUUUUAUAACAGAGCAUUAUGUUAUAUCAAGACAAAUGAACUUCAAAUGGCCUUAGCAGAUUAUGGAAUUGUGCUGCUGCUUGAAGCUGUAGAAAGUAUAAUCUUAAAUACUCUCAUUAAUCGUGGAAUCGUCUAUGCUGAACAAGAGCAGUAUGGAUUUGCCUUAGAGGAUUUUAAACAAGCUGCACUGAUAAGCCAGACCAACGCGAGUCUUUGUCAUGCUACCGCCAUGUGCCACCACAGGUAUGGAGAUCAACUGGUGUCCAAGGGGAGGCAAGCCCAAGGAAAAUUCCAGAAAGCUUGGAACCAUUUUACUAUUUCUAUAGAAAUUGAUCCAAAGAGCUACCUGGCCUAUGAAGGAAGAGCUGUGGUUUGUCUUCAGAUGGGUAAUAAUUUUGCUGCCAUGCAGGAUAUUAAUGCUGCCAUAAAGAUCAAUACCACAGCAGAGUUCAUAACAAAUCGUGGUGUGAUUCAUGAGUUUAUGGGCCAAAAACAGAAUGCAGUAAAAGACUACCAAGCAGCAAUUGCUUUAGACCCCAAGUACUCACUGGCUUACUUUAAUGCCGGAAAUAUCUACUUUCACCACAGGCAGUUUUCUCAGGCCAAUGACUACUUCUCAAAGGCUUUAACGUUUGAUCCAGAAGAUGAUCAUGCUCUCAUGAAUCGAGCUAUCACAAAUACAAUAUUAAAUAAAUAUGAAGAAGCAGAAGAAGAUUUUGCUUGUGCAGUUGAACGUUGUCCAUUUUGGGCUGCAGUAUAUUUCAACAGAGCACAUUUAUACUGCUGUUUGGAGAAGUAUGAGCUAGCUGAGGAAGAACUGAGUAAAGCUCUGUCUUUGAAGCCUAAUGAUGCUCUAGCAUAUCACCUCAGAGCAAAAGUUCGUGGUAAAAUAGGUCUGAUUGAGCAAGCUAUGGCUGACUACAACCAAGCACUUGAUCUUGAAGACUGUGCCUUACAUACAUGAUUACAUAGACUACUGUGGUUUCUACAGUCAUUUACAUAGCAGUUCUUUCUGAAACUGAAAUGUGUUUGUUGUUUAGAAGUUUAAACUGCCUUUGUUAUAUAUUAUUAUGCUUACUCUUCUAUAAACCUUUAAUGCAUUUUAGCAAAAUGUU